GUGUUGGAAUUGUGUGAACAAUUUAUUUCGUGUGUGACGGCGCAAAGUGCACUGCGUAAAAUAGACGUCUUUAGCAUUGUCUAACACUCUUUGUGAGCGCUAAUUAUUCUGUUGUGUUCGCUGUAAAUUUUUUUUGUUCUUGAAUGUGCAAAUAUAGUUAUUAGUAAAAUGUCCUUUUUCUCCUUAAUACUUAUUCAGUUGCGCAAAUUCCAAUAGUUUAGCCCCAAAGUUCGGAUACUACUUCAGAACUUCUCGAGAAACAAAGACGAUUUAACCUGUAUUGCUUACAUGACGAAACAAAAGCUGAGCCUACACUAUGUAAACUUUUCACUCAUUUCGGAACUUUUGGCUUCGCCUAGUUACUAGAGAACCAAAGGGUUUGCGUAUAAGAAUACGCUAACAACACAAACUUUACUUUAUUAAAAUAAUAACGUAACUUACAGUAUGUCACAAUGUAAGCAAAUCCUUAUCGAAAAUACAUGCCUGUUGAAUGUUUCCUUUUCUCCAGAAAAUACGCAAAAAGAUGUGAAACCUUCAAUUGAUAGCUUACAAUAGAUAUCAAUUUACUUAAUUAUGACGUAAUUUUGCCUUAAUUGUUAUUACUCAAUGAAACAGUUAUCUUUAAAGGAGUCGUGAAUGUGCACGACUCAUCAACCAAAGAUGAGUCGGCUGAUCUGUAUUUUAUUUCCCCACAACAUUAUCUUACUUUUGGGAGGUGCACCACUAGGUGAUCAGUACCCAUGGUAACUAAACUUUGUUAUGUCACUAUGUUGUUAAAAAUCUGACAUAAUUCUCAUCAUCAGUGGGAAGGUCCACUCGAACUUUACAAUUUGUUUCCUUUGAAUGCACAUGCAGGAUUCUCAGCCCAUUCUUUAAAUAUGUCUUACAAUAAUAGUUAGUGCUUUCAUUUGUGUCUGUUAAUUUGUUUGCAGGAGGGUGACUACUACUACAUGACAGUAUACAAUCAAGUGCCUCACAGGUUUAAAAUGGUGUAAAACAUAGCUACGAAUCUACAACAGUGAUGGCAAUACUCGUGUUUUACAGUUGAAACAUUAACCGUUCAUGAGGUCACUUAUUACAUUUAUUUUACUUUCAGCAAACGUAGCUACAAUAGUUAUUAUGCGUAACACUAUAAAGAAUACAAGAAAAUGUGACUUGUUUUGUACUGUGACAACGAAUCAUGAAUUGGUUACAACAUGGAAUGCAACAACAGUUCUCACGGUUUCAGUAGAUCACUACAAUUGCCAGAGUGAGGAACUAUACCAAUGAUAUUAGGUGACAUGACAUUAUAUUUAUUUUUCGGUCACAGUGUCAUUUAUCCAGUCCAAGUAAGGAGCGUUACCCUUUUCAAUGGGUAACGCUAUAACUUCACACACGUCAUACGGAUGGUUCUCCUUAACGUAGCUUGUUAGGUCUUCCACUCUUGAUGUUUUCGUUUUGAUCAUCAUUAAUACUUCACUGUCCUCAUUCACUUUACCCUCCCAUAAGUACACAGAGGUUAUUUUAGGAAUAAUGUUCACACAUGCUGCCAUUCUUUUGUUGACAAGUCCGUGAGCCAGUUUCUUCGCUACGUCUUCAUUUGGUGUUGUGACAAAAACGGCAGAAUAUGCACUAGAAGCGUUCGUUCCAGCCAUACCUCUAAUUCCCGGCAAAAAUAACACAACACUCACAACACCAAACAACUCUUUCGAUCUCGACCACAUCUCUGAACUCUGAUAUACACUACCUUUGCCUAGUUGAUUAUCAUUGAAACUUCAAAGUCUUUCACUAUCAACAAGGCAAAGAUGUGUGUGUAUAAUGUAUGUUUAUGUUUACAUGUAUAGCAGAAGAGUGUGGCAUAGCAAGACAGUUGUCUAAAAGUUUGCAAGUGUUACGUUAUUCUGGAAAAAAGCAUAUGUAUAUGCGUAGACGUUGCACAACAUUGAUUUCCAUUACGAAUCGUUCUAAUCCGUACUAAUAAGUUUAGACAUGGUUUAGAAGAAAUAAAUAGGUUCUGUAACGAACAUUAAGCUGUGAAAAAUGGGGACUACAAAGUUUUUUUUACCAUAUACGCCCCCUGAAGAACAAAUACUACUGAAUGAUAAGAAAGUUGCUGUAGUGUCAUUUUUUGGCAAAUCCCCAAUCUCUGCUCGUGGCUGCAAAGCAGGUCUAAUUGAUGAGAUAUUAGGUAAACAAAUUUUUCACAAGUCAUUGCUUGAGGAUCCUGAUGUUGACAAGAAUAAUUUGUGUGAUAUUGAGGGCUAUUAUGACACGAAUCAGAGAGUUGUAUAUCUUCACUUACGAGGAGUCUUUGAUGUUCAUUCUUUGGUUAAAAUGUAUGAUACUUUCUCAAGAGAUAUGGAACAAAAGGGUUAUCUUUCAGUGUGGGCUGAACUGAAAUAUCAUUAUGCUAGAGCGUUGCUUUUUCUUUUUGCUGUGUCUCAUAUUCUUGUGGUUUAUCACCCAACUCACACAUUUGACAUCAGCUAUGUCCAUUUGUUUCGUGCUUUGGAUGUUGUGAGACAGAAAAUGCAAGGCACAGUGAGUGAAAUAUUACGAUCAGUGACUGGUGUGCCUAAGGAGUGGAUUAACAAUGCACGGCCAUGCUCCCCACGUGUGUUAUUUCUUUUCAACUCUUGCCCAUCUAUUUUCAAAGUGGAUGGAACAGCUGGUGCAGGAAUGGGGCCCAGUGCAGGAGCUGGAGAACAAAACAAGAGUGCGAAACUCAGUAUAAAGAAGCUGGAACAUGCUCUUGAAGACCAGAUCUACCAUAUUCUGAGGAAGAGCCGUGUCAUCACAAAUGUGAGCACCAAUUCACUUUUUGCUAUACCAGCAAAUCAAGAAUUUGUGUAUGUGCGGACGAAACCGGACCCUACAAAGGACUUCAUGAGCCAUAUGAUAAAAUCCCUUAUCAACUUCUGCCAGAAUCCAGUAUCUGUUGACCGUUUAUCUGAGGGAAUGAAAAAUGUUACUGUCAGCAAGCAAGAUGAGGCUGCAGGUUCACGUCACUCCUUUAAAAGCUUUCUGCAUCAGCAUAUUGACCUUGCCCUUGGAAAAGGUUUUGAUGACAAUGUUGGAAAACAUGCAUUACCAAGUUACUUUGAGGUAGCAACUGCAAGUGUAUGGUUUGAACUAGCAAACAAAUUGAUAGCAUUGUUUUUGCCUGGGUCAGAUGCUGUACCUGAUAAGUCUUCAAGACAACAAGUAUUCACAACAUUGCGAACAAUGCUUGACACUGAUGUACGUUUCAGUGAGGGACGUUGUGGCAAAGUUCUACCAUUGGCUAUAGCAGCAUACCAGGAGAACCUGCCACCUCAUUAUACUCGUGACUACCAUGAAGAACGGCUUGGCCACGCUCUCUCAUUGUUUAUGGCCCAAGCACGUGGCCCCCUAGUGGAAGAAUACACAACCCAGUUAGAAAGAGAAUGUGAACGUCACUGGAGAUCUGGACGGCAAAUGUGUGAAGUUUUAAGCCUGACAGGCCAUCCUUGCACAAACCCACUACACAGAGGUGGUGGGGAAGGUGCAGGUGGUGGAGAACUUAACACAGAAGCAGCAGAUUCAGAAGUAACUGACACAAGAGAUCCAUCACAGUUACCUCUGAUGGAACACUCAAGUGGAGUACGUUAUGUGUCUGCCUGCAAUUGUGGCCGUAAGCAAGGACCAAGAGAAGAUCCUUUCACUGUACGAACUGCCAACUAUGACUUCUACAGGUUGCUGGGAGAAGAGUGUGGGUGCAACAAACUAGAGAGUUUUCAUUUUCCAGUAUUUCAGCCAAGCACUCAAAAUUACAGGGCUGCACAACUGUUCUCAAAUGGUGCUAACAGCAAAAGGAAAGAUAGUUCAGCAAAAUGUGUAGAGGGCAAGGAACUUACGGUUAAUACACCUCAAGGAAAUACCCAAGUUUUCAGCUUAGGUCAGUCCGCAGGCAGUGAUUUGAUCCAGGAAGAGAUUGUCAGCAGCCGUCUUAGUCCUCAUCCAAAUCCACCACGUGAGCAGAGCCCUAGUGACGGACACGAGAUUGUAAUACAAGUCUCAGAUGCUGAUAAUGAUCCUAAUAAAGAUAAAUCUCUGGUACGGCAGCCUUCAACAACAGAAUACCUGCCGGGCAUGUUACAUACUGAGUCACCAGCUGGUUUAUUGCCACAGUUCCCAUCUUGGGCCCUGACAUGCUUGGGACCAAGCAGCUUGUACUCUCACAACCUAGGUCUGCAGGAUCAACAGCAAGCUGGGCUGCUCGGAGGCUCUGCAUAUCUACUUCCAUGGGAUGUUACUGUGCGCCUGGAGCAUCACAGAGAUCGCAACAGUGGUUGGCCAGCUGUUGGUGACUCAUACAGAGGGAAGCAUCCAUGUUCCAGUCCUCAUAUGUCCAGCAACCUUCUACGUGGACGCAAAUCAAAAGGGGGAAACAAAGAUCUUUCUGAAUUUGUCGUAAAAAUCUUUGUGGGAGUGGAAUACGAAUGCCCAAGGGGUCACCGUUUUAUGUGUGCAGCUCCAGAUAAAGUUUUAAAGACUACAGGUUCUGGUCUAGUCAAAGAUAAUGGCAACAAAGUGACAGGCAGUGAUAUGCCACUGUAUUUUCCUUGUCCAUGCAGAACAACGAAACCUUUAGUAGCACAACUGAUGCGAGUGCAUGUAGUGACACCGAAGGCGCCAGUACAUGUCACUCUGAAUCCACGUGUCCAGCCAGCACCACCUCCAUGUCCUAUAUUUGUAACUGGUUGUGAUCAACCAUUGAGGCUGUCACAAAGUGCAUAUUGGGUUCUCCGAUUACCAUAUGUGUAUGUUGGUGAUCAGGGGCCAUACCUUGCACCAAAGGAACCAGUUCCACUUAACUAUGGGCGCCUUCUCACUGAUGUUUAUGGAAUCACAGAAGUCACCCCUGAAGAAAAAUGAUUCUACAGCUAGUAUUGUGAUCAUUGUUGAGAUCACUGUGUGUGUGUGUGUGUGUGUGUGUGUGUGUGUGUGUGUGUGUGUGUGUGUGUUGGAAAUUGUGACCACUUUUCAACAGACUGAACAUACAAAAUAAAAAUAUACAGUAUUUUGCCAAAAAUGAA